UCGCUCUCGACGAAGGAAGAAAAGACCUGGAUAUCAGGCUAGUUAUCGGCUUGAUAUAGCAUCCGCCGAGUGAUCUGCCCAUAAUCAGCUCUCAACUCUUUCACUUUUCGUGGAUUUCGUGUCUUAUUGAAACUACAACUUGGUGGAAAGAUGCCAUUGGUAUUAUGAAUGCCGCAGGCGUUAUCUAUCUGCUCUCUACUAUGUUUUAUAUUAGCCUGGCAAUCUGGUUCCCGACUGGUCUUGGAUGCUUACCGCGAAUCCGUCUUCCCCGCCGAUGGUCUUCAAUAGCUGUCUACGGUGAGUCUCGCAUCUUCACGACAGCAACAUUUGAACAAAUUCUUUCGUUUUCUGCCUGGAAGUACCGCUUAUCCGGCCGCUUUAAGGAAAACAGGUCAGAUUUCGGUUCUUUUCGCCGUACUUCUUCGAUCCCACUUAUUGGUGUAUAAUGUAGAUCAGUCGAGCUGAGCUGACCGACCCCUCUGUGUGGAGACUAGUGGAGGGGUCGCUCAGCUCGGUUUGUUGAGUCGUCAUUUCACUUUCAGUUGCUU